GCGGCGGAGUGGGGGGGAGGGUACUAUCUCCUGCUGCUGCCCUGCCGGCACCCUCAGCCCAGGCACAGAGGGGCCGCGGGGGAGAUGGCGAGUCUGAUCCCCGCGGCAGCCUCUUCUCCUGCCGGCGCCCCAUCCCGUAGCAAGAAGCGCCCAGCGAGCCCUGGUACCGGCAGCGGCCCCACCAAGAAAAAGAAAAUGACGGGGCUGGGCGGCCCUCAGAGUGCAGGUGGAGAGGCCAUGAAUGAAAAUAAAUUUCUGAACACAGAUUCCAGCACAGGAUCAGUGGAAGCAACCAUCAAGCCAUUACCAUUUAAAGAUCCAAACUUCAUCCACUCCGGCAUUGGUGGAGCAGCAGCUGGCAAGAAGAACAGAACUUGGAAGAACCUAAAACAAAUUCUUGCUUCUGAAAGGGCAUUGCCAUGGCAACUAAAUGAUCCUAGCUAUUUUAAUAUUGAUGCUCCUCCCUCCUUUAAGCCUGCCAAGAAAUAUUCAGACAUUUCAGGACUUCCGGCAAAUUAUACAGAUCCUCAAAGCAAGUUGAGAUUUAGUACUAUUGAAGAAUUUGCCUAUAUUCGGAUGCUCCCUUCAGACGUGGUUACAGGAUACCUUGCUCUAAGGAAAGCAACAAGUAUUGUUUCCUAAAUGGACCGAAUGUUAUUGUAUAUCACUUGUGAACAAUGCUAAUUCUCAGAGUCAUGAUGGAAACGGAUUGCUCGAUUGAGGUGCCUUAAAAAUACUCGUUCAUAUUUACAUCUGGAAGUAGUUGAUGACACAUGUAUAUGAAAGAACAUAUGGUUUUGAUAAAUAAUGAUAUUUGUUAGUUUGCCAACUUGUAAGUAAUGUGAUUUGGUCAAGAAAAUAACUUAGAUGUUAAGGAUGUAGGCCUGCAUCCUAAUGCCUGAGUUAUAUUAAUUUCUGUAGGGCCAGGAUUUCAUAGCUAACCUCUGAUACUACUGUGGUUCAGAAGAGGAAAAAGUCAUCUGAAUAAAGGCAAAGGUACCAAGAUAGGCCAGCUUAUAAAUCUGCUAUGCAAAUAUGCUUGCUACUUGGCUACAGAGAAGUUUGUCCCACCUGUAAAAUGAAGCUAAAAUACUAAGUGCUGCUAUUGUGGUGACUAUUGAUGGUAUUGAGCAUUGUGGAAAUGAACACCUUCUUACAGAUAUUUAAAUUACAAGACUUGUCAGCAUAAAUAAAGCUAGACUCAAAUUUGUUUGAGUAAAA